AUGCUGGGUCUGGAGGGCGCAGGGAAGACCACCUUCCUGUACAAGUUGAAGAUCAACGGGUACAAGAAGGCUGACGUCACCCAGGACAUGGUCUACCUUAAGGCCGCCAAACAAGACCCUGGGUACCACUUCGAGGAGCUCAGUAGUCCCACCAUCGGGCAGUACAGCAUCUGGGAAGUGCCUGGCAAUGACGUGAUGCGACCCCUGUGGCCGAUGUUCUACAGGUAUCUUCGGAUUCAUGGGGUCUUCUUUGUGGCUGGGGGCCAGAAGGGGUGA